AUGCCGACAUUUCUCCCGCUCCCAUCGACCCCUGUGCGGUUUGCGAACGAGCUGCCGCAACUCCUGGCGCGAAUUGAGGACCACGACGUGGACCGAGACAAAGCGCUGGCAUACGCCGACCAUGUUUUGUCGCUUCCACGCGACAAUAGAGAUUUUUUGCGAGUUGUGUAUGGGGUCGAUGGCUCAGCUGAGUGUCACUCUGACACGGAUGAUGUGUAUGGUGCAUUUGCAGUUUGUUUGGACAAACGAACAAAAGAGGGGGAAUUCUGUGGAGAAGCCCAGGGGUUCUUUGUGAAAAGGGCACCGUCCAUUGAGUGGUUAGAGCUGAUGGCGAUCACGGAAGCGGUACACCAGACUGUGCUGAGGUUACGACUAUCGACUUCCCACCGCCGUGGUGAACUCUACAUAUUCAGCGAUUGCACCAAUGUGCUGAAUUUUCUAAAGAGGGAGCCUAACAGCACGCUUCGCGAGAAAUUAAUCUUGACGUCAGUUUAUGACUAUCUGGUAGCACUAUCACAAGAGUUGCACCAAAGGGACAUCGGAUUGAUUAUCGCCUGGAUACCAGGACACAACCAUCACAUCACAUGUCAUGCGCAAAGCGACAAGAAAUCACGGAAUCUACGGAGGCAAUGUCAAAAGAGCCUGCAUGAGCUUCGCGAUCAGGCUGUGACAGCUCCAAAGCCAAUCGCGCACUUCGCACCAUCGAAACACAACUCCAUAUAUGGCCAAUCCUGCAUGCAAGAGAUACAGCAGCUGUCGAAAACUUCGAGAAUGCCUACCAUUAUCUAA